AUGGCUCCCGUUCUACCGAAUACAAUGCGCGCCGUCGUGUUCAAAGGCAAUUACAAAGUGGCCGUUGAAGACAGGCCGGUUCCAAAGUUGCAGCACCCUACAGAUGCGAUCCUCAAGGUCAAAUACAGCGCUCUAUGUGGCAGCGACCUCCAUUACUAUCGAGGCCACCUCAAAUGUCCAUCGGAUUUCGUCUGCGGCCACGAAUUUGUGGGCACCAUCGUCGAGCGGGGAGACGCCGUGGUGGACUUUGCAGUUGGCGAUGAUGUCGUCGUUCCUUUCUAUACGGCUUGUCAAGAAUGUUUCUAUUGCAAGCGAGGCCAAGCGUCACGCUGUUCGAAGGGAGAGUUGUUCGGGAACAGCGUCCCAGCAAAUGCUAUUGAUGGUGGCCAGGCCGAAUACGUCCGGGUGCCGCUUGCAAAUUCGACCCUUGUCAUAACCCCAAAGAACAUCCCUGAAGAGAUGCUAGUCUUGAUGGCAGAUAUUUUUCCCACCGGAUACUUUGGGGCUUCUCGCUUCCUCAAGAACAUGGCGCCUUCGGACAAGCAAUCUGCUACCGUCGUUCAGGUUGGGUGCGGGCCCGUUGGUAUCUGCGCCAUCAUAUCUGCUCUCAGAUGGUGCAAGACAGUGUAUGCGGUCGACUCGAUACCAGACCGACUGGCGGCAGCGGAGAAGCUCGGUGCUAAACCGAUUUUACUGUCUGACAACCCUAUCGAAAAGGUCAUGGCUGCCACCGAUGGUCGAGGAGCCGACGUCGUCAUCGAAGCGGUCGGGCAUGCCGACGCACUCCAGCUCGCGGUUGAUUUGAUCCGACCAUUCGGCCAGAUCUCGUCCAUCGGUGUGCACACGCAGACCUUGCCCCUGAGUGGACUACAGCUUUAUGGCAAGAAUAUAACCCUAGCUCUCGGGCGAUGCCCGGUCCGAAGUAUUUUUGAGGAAGCACUCGAGGUCCUCAUCCAGGAACAGGAAAAGGUCAAGCCUCUGCUGGGUUUGAUGGUGAGCCUCGAGGAGGCACCAAAAGCCUUUGAGGAUUUUGAACAACAAAAGGUAUGA